UCUGGGUAAUUCAUUACUAGAAAGACGCGUCUGGCGCUCUGGAAGGUCGGCGGACUUUAAUGAAGUCAGUCAUGAGUGUCUAAUCAAAACAAUGAGGACUUUUAAUUGAGAGGAAUACAUUAACGGAUGCAAUUACAAGGUGAUUAACCUGUUUCGGGAUAUAGAGAUAUGGAGGAGUCCAGUGACUUGUAUGAUGUGCAUGAGGCACGUGACCUCCCUUCCUGGGAGCACCACCAGCCUCAGUGUUUGGAAGAUGUGGAAAAAGUGGAGUGCCUCAGGAGGAAGAUCAAAUACUACUUCAUGAACCCCUGUGAGAAAUACCACGCUCGUGGACGUAAACCAUGGAAACUCAUACUGCAGAUCAUCAAAAUUGCCAUAAUUACCAUCCAGCUGGUUUUAUUUGGGCUGAGCAACCAGAUGGUUGUCACAUUCAAGGAGGAAAAUCUGAUGACGUUCAAACACCUGUUUUUGAAAAAUUAUGCAGACGGUGGCAUGGAUACAUACACUGUUUACAGACAGACAGAUGUUUAUGAUCACAUUGAAUACGUCAUUCAACAGUAUGGAUGUCUGCACAACAUCACAGUGGGCAAUCAUGAAUAUGAAACAAAGGACAAUCUCUACACCCCGCUGUUACUGUGUCAGGAGUUCUACAGGAGUGGGAACAUCUACCCUUCAAAUGAGACCUUUGAAAUUGAUGCUCAUGUGGACACCAACUGCCUCAAAGUUUAUCCGGCGUAUCCCCAGCCGCUACGUGAAACACUUCCCCACUUUAAAUUGGAUUUUAUAAGGUUAAUAUCUGUCAAGAUAACAUUCGUUCUCAAGGCAAUCAAUUUGCAGACAGUGAGACAUCGAGAGCUGCCAGACUGCUACGACUUCACUCUUAUCAUCACUUUCAACAACCAAGCUCACAGCGGCAGGAUAAAGGUUGACCUGGAAAAUGAUGUAGACAUCAAUGAAUGCAGGGAAUGGAAGGUAUCUGGAGCAUAUGGCAGAAGCAUAUACCUGACUGUGCUGUUUGACUGCCUCAUCAUUAUAACGUGCAUCAUCUCCUCCAUCCUGUGCAUGCGCUCAGUGAUCACUGGGCUUCAGCUGCAGCUUGAGUACAGCUUCUACUGCAGAAAAUACUGCGGCAGAGAGCUGUCAUUGUCUGACAAGUUGGAGUUUGUGAGUGGUUGGUGUAUCCUGAUUAUUGUCAGUGACACACUGACCAUCAUUGGUUCUAUUCUCAAGAUAGCGAUCGAAGCAAAGGUCCUCACAAGCUAUGAUGUGUGCAGCAUCUUCCUGGGCACAGGCACCAUGUUUGUCUGGAUUGGGGUCAUCCGUUACAUGGGAUACUUCCACAAGUAUAAUAUUCUCAUCCUGACACUCAGGGCAGCACUCCCAAAUGUUAUCCGUUUCAUCUGCUGCGCGGGGAUAAUCUACCUGAGUUACUGUUUUUGUGGCUGGAUUGUCCUAGGCCCGUAUCAUGAGAAGUUCCGGACGUUGAACACCGUGUCAGAGUGUCUGUUCUCACUGAUCAACGGAGAUGACAUGUUUCCCACUUUUAAGAACAUGAAGCAGAAGAACAGCCUGGUGUGGAUGUUCAGCAGGAUCUACCUCUAUACCUUUGUGUUGCUCUUUAUCUACAUGAUCCUCAGUCUUUUCAUCACACUGAUCACUGACACAUAUGACACCAUCAAGCAACAGCAGCAGAGUAGAACCCCAACAUCAGAGCUGCAAAAAUUCCUGUCACAGUGUAAAGAUCUGCCAAACUCUGGGGCGUACAGGCUUGACAGGAACAACAGCUGCUUCCUUAACUGCUUCAUCAACAGAUGCAGGAAGCAUCACGAUCAAGAGAGGUUGACUUCAGAGGCAUAAUGUGAUUUCAGUGUGGAAAUGCAUUAAAUUAUAAACAGCCCAAUAAUUAAUGUGCACUUUAUCCUGUUAAAUUCAACUGCAGUGGCUUUUUUUAACCAGUACGCCCAAGUUUGCUUGGGUGAAGGAGCUUUAUUUUAUGUGCUGAACAGACCCAUGGACCCAGGUGGUUAAAGGUUAGAAGUGAGAAAUGAGACACUGUCUGGUCUCACUAUGAUGCACUUGUAUUCAUUUUAUAUUAUUACUGUAUAUGAAAAAUGUUGUGGUACAAAAGUGUUUUUAAUUAUGACUGUGACUUGGAAAAACCCCAAUGUUGCAAAUUCUAUAUCAUAAAUCAGGAUUCAAUAAAU